UCAGCUCAGCACCAAUAGGGUGCAGAUGCAGCACAGAUGGGGACCGGAUUGUCUGGGGAAAAGCACGGUUGUAAGCACUAGCAGUAGGGCGAAGAAGAAGAAGGCAAGAGUCGAGGAACAUGGAGACAAGCGUGUCCGUUGCCAGCAUUGCGAGGAAGAUAGCCGUCUUGGGAAGUGGAAUCUCGGGAGCAUUAUGUGCCUCCACAAUCGCCAAGACCGGAAUCUCCGUCACCGUCUUCGACUCCGCCCGAGGUCCUGGCGGUCGCAUGUCUCAGAGAAGGGAAACUACCGGAGAUGGAAAAGAGCUUUUGUUCGACCAUGGCGCUCCGUUCUUUAGCGUGAGCAACUGUUCUGAAGCCUUCCGUCUAGUUUGUGAAUGGGAAUCAAGAGGCCUUAUUGCUGAGUGGAAGGAGAAGUUUGGUUCUUUCGAUUGCAUCACCAAAACAUUCACCGAGACAGAGCAGGAAGGAUCCAAUAAAAGAUACGUUGGUGUUCCUGGAAUGAAUUCUAUCUGUAGAGCAUUAUGCCAUCAGCCGGGUGUGGAAAGCAAGUUCGGGGUUGGUGUUGGAAGGGUGGACUGGUUGGAAGAAGAAAAUACGUGGAGACUGACCAGUUCGGAUGGACAAAACCUUGGGCAUUUUGCAGGAGUGGUUGCAUCUGAUAAAAACAUCGUUUCUUCGAGGUUUACUAGUGUAACAGGAAGACCGCCGCCUUUAGACUUGAAUUUAGCCCCUGAUUUGAGGAACAAAGUGCAAGAUAUUUCAGUGAGUCCAUGUUUUGCAGUCAUGCUAGCAUUUCCACAGCCUCUGUCUUGGAUACCAUUUAAGGGUUUCACAGUCAGAAACUCCAAAGUCUUAAACUGGGUUCAUUGUGACAGCUCCAAGCCUGGGCGACCUACUACUAGUGAAAGGUGGGUACUACAUUCGACUGCAGAGUACGCAGAGACAGUAAUUGCAAAAACUGGGCUCAAGAAACCUUCGGAUGCAGUAUUGACGAAGGUAGCUGAAGAACUGUUAGAGGAGCUGCAGAACAUGGGACUGAAUGUACCUCAGCCUCUCUUUAAGAAAGCUCACAGGUGGGGAAGUGCAUUUCCCUUAACAAGUGUGGACGCAGAAGAGAAGUGCCUAUGGGAUAAGAAGCGGAGGCUCGCCAUAUGUGGAGAUUUCUGUGUUAGUCCAGAUGUGGAGGGCGCCAUAGUCAGCGGCAUGGCAGCGGGUUCCAAGCUGACUGAAAUGUUUAGCUGCUUGUAGCAAUCGUGCCAUCUUAAUGUGGGCGGCAUAGUCGGUGCAGCCACAAAAGUAGCGUGUCGAGUGGGCAUGAUCUAUAUCUGGGCGGGUCGAUUUACGCGAUCAACAGAAAUAAAAGAAUGCAUUUUGUACGCUUCUUUACUUCUAUUA